AGAAUGGUGGAAGGAUGUACCUCAAUAUUUAAUUAGUAUGCCAAAUUUUCAGCAAGUAUAUGUUUACGUUUGCUAUUUUUUUACUGCGUGAAAGCAAAGAAUCUGAUAAGAAAAAUACUGCAGAAGGACAGAAUUUUGACAGACUUCAAUGAAAAAGCCCAACAUGCUGUGUUUAUUCUAGAAAUUACUUGCUGAAAAAGAUGCCAAUCAACAACAGCUUGCUAAAGCACCUAUGUACCAUUGAACCUUGGUGUCAUGAUAGAAACAUUGGUCAGAAGUAUAUGUGUAAUCUACCUAUAAUGGUUACAAAUGCUCUUACAAAAGAAGAGAAGGAAAAGUGUGAUUUGAAGAAACAGAAUUCAAAGUGAUAAGACUUCUGAUUGCCUAGGUUUUUACUAGACUUUCUUUUUUAAACUUGCUAUGAAUCGGAGAAAAAAAGUUCUCCUUGAAGUUUGUGCACACAUUUUUGUGAGUAUGAGGAAGUGAAGUAGAUAUGGGACAGUGCAAGAGUGUUCGUAAGAGUGAAGUUAGUUGUGAGAGAGAAGAAAGAUGUAGUCGAUUGUACAAAACUAAAGGUAGACCUCUCAGUGCAACUUUUCACGUUUAUGAUAAUAACCUGCAGUGGGACUUGCUUAAUAUCAAUACAGCCACUGAGGAGGAAUUAAUGACACUCCAAGGCAUAACUCGCCACAUUGCUCACAACAUUAUAGAAUAUCGACAAGCUAUUGGUGGUUUCAGGAAAGUAGAAGAUUUGGCUCUGGUCUCCAGAGUAGGGGCUAGCACAUUGGAACAUAUCCGCCCUGAAAUUUGUGUUGGUUCUCGUAAGGGAGGUCUUAGGGGAGGAAGUCAGGCAUCUUCUGGGAACAUUUCCCUAGAGUCUUUUGCUGUUUCAGAGAAUAACCAUCGUUACUUUAGAACUUCAGCAAAAAUGAUUAAUGCCAACACAGCUAAUGUUUUCCAAUUGAUGACUGCACCAGGUGUGAGUCAGGAGAUUGCAGCUAACAUUAUUCAUUAUCGAGAAAGAAAAGGGCUAUUCAAAUCAAUGGAUGACUUAUUAAAAGUAAAAGGGAUUAACCCCCAAAAGCUUGCUUUUAUUAGAGUUUUUAUUACCGUUAACCCUCCAACAUUAAAUGGAGAAAACUUAUCCCUUCCAACUGGGACCCCACUUGGCUGUAGAAAUACAAUAGUAAGCAGAAUUAGCAAUCACAGAAGGACAUUGUCAGCACCGUGUAAAUAUAAUAUAGAGAGAAUAAGACACCUUGAUGAAUCAAGUAAAGAUCUUUACAGUUUCCUUUCUGAUCAUUGCCGUCGACCAAUUGUAGAAGAAACUUUUAAUUAUUUAAGAAAUGGUAAGCCAGUGAUACGUAUUGGAGUCUGGAACUUAGAAGGUCUGACUGUAGAAAAAGUUCGCAAUCCUGGUAUCCAGGAAAUUAUCUGUAGAACAAUACUUGAAAAUGGCCUAACCAUAAUUGCCUUACAAGAUGUGCCUUCAGAGGUUGCACUUACCUUAUUAGUGACUGAGUUAAAUAAUCCCCAACAGAAGCUGGUACGUAGUUGGGUGGGAGUUAAAGGAAAGUGGAGUGGUGUCAUACCUGAACUUCCAUUGAGAUCUGGUUCUAGUGGGUUUCUGUUUGACACAAGCCAUGGUGUUGAACUGCAAGAUGCCAGUUUGUUGAUUUUACCAAAAGAUGAUGAUGAGUAUUUACAACCACUUCCAUCUCUGUGUAUAGGAAACUUUGUGGUGGAUGGAAUGAAGCUCACACUUGUUAAUCAUCACCUGAAGGACAGUUGUAUUGAUAGCCGAAUAGGAAAUUUAUUAACUGAAUUAAUGGAGUAUUUUCCAAAUGAACUAAAGAGUGAAAAAUGUGUUGCCUUAGUUGGAGACUUCUGUCUUCCUCCAACAGAUCCUGCAUUGGAAGUCUUAACCAAUUGCCAUUAUAGUCACUUGAUUCCAGUUAACACAGUUACCAACUUAAAGACAAAGGAGCAAGAUUCUCACUGUUGGGCAAAUGAUGAGUUUAAAAGAAGUUUUACAGGACACUGGGGUGUUGUUCAUGAUGGGUUAUGUCACCCUGCUAUACCUAAUGGAUGGAUGCUAGGUGGGCUCAUAAGUUGGCAUUGUCCAGUGUGGGUAGAGAUGUAUGUCCAAAAUAAUGUGGAAAACAAGCAUGAACAGUUGCCCAAUGGCCAGGUAAAAAAAUCUCCAUCACCUGGAAAAAUUGGUCCUUCUUCAUCAAUAAAUAGAGACAGAAGCAAAAAAUAUUUAUUUGAACAAUCGAAACGAAUUAAGAGUUGCUUUCGAAAACACAAAGAUCAUAAUAAUAGUAAUAUUUUAGUAUGAUCUAGCAACAUAAAUGGAAAGACAAUCUUAUCUAUGUGAGAUAGUUACCAAUGCAAGAAAUACAUAUUUAUUCUUACUUUGUGAAAGAGAUUAUUUUCAAUCAUGAAAGUUUGUUUUUCUUAAGUUGUCUAAAUCUUUUUAAUUUGGUUUCAGUGGUAAAAAAAAAUCUUUCAGCUUUAUAAAUAUGAUACUAUGAGACAAUUACACUAUAAUUUUAAUUUUAUGGUCAAUAAAAUUACAUUUAUCCAUAUUUGGUAUGAACUUGUUCUGUUUCUUAAGUUGAAAAUUUAUUAAGCUGUAUAUUAUAGUACAUAAAAACAUUUCAUGGGAUUUUUGAGUUAUGUCUUUUGUAAGCAAUUACAAAAAGGUUUCAACACAUGAUACAAAAAAAAUCUCUUUGCUGGUGUCAGGUUUAUAUAGUUUUAUAAUUAAAUAGUGAAAAGAAAGUAAUAAUCGAAUAACAAAAUUAUUUCUGACAUUUUUUAAGCUAUGCAAAUGUUAAUAUGUAUAGUAACAGAUACUACACAUUUUUGAACAAAAUGUAUUUUAAAUACUUUUGUCAAAAUAAUUACUUUUAUCUUUCACUAAAUGUAUUUUGUCACGAAAAUUAUUUCUUUAGAAAGUUAUGAAAAAUAAUGAAAUGUGAUAUGCAUUUGUAAUUAAAAGAACAAAUUUGUUACUUUGUAAAUAUGAAUUAUGUUCGUAGUGGACAGUGUUAUGUUAAAUAUACAAUUUUUUAGAGAACUAUAAAAAUGUACUAUUUUGUAGACAGAAAACCUCUUUUCAGCUUUGACUAUGUAUAAUGUUUGUUUUAGUUAGGAUUUUGCUUGAGAAGUUUAAAUGAGAUGUUUUCUUUGAUUGUAGAAAUAUUAAAAUUUAUGACUAUUUGAUAAAAAGUUGCAUUAUUUAUUCUUCUUUGAACAUUUACAAUUUAGUAUUUUAUUUAUUUUAGCUUUUCAUGUAUUGAAUUUUCUAAAUUGUCAGGCUUUUCAACUUUUAUAUGUUGUCCUUGUCAGACAAUCCAUUCAUUUAUAUUGUGUUUAGUUCAGUAUUAAUCAAGUUACUAUUUUUAAGACAAAGAGCCAUGCUAAUGAUAUAUUUUAGUCACAUUAGUCAUCUGUAUUCAAUACUGUAUUAUUUUAUGUCAGUCAUGUUAAUUAUGCAUAUUUUUCUUGGGUAUUAUCAGUUUUUACUUCAGCCAAAUUAACUCUUCCAAAUCAAUAACUUAGUUCAGUUAUCUCCUGUCUAGCAUUUAAAGAGAAGUAAGUUUUUCACUCACCACCAGUCUCUCCAUUUUAAAUGUGAGGCAAGAACAGCCCAAUGAUUAAAGUGCCAGACUGUGGAUCUGAGGUUUUAUGCUUCGUGCCUCAUUAUAGCCAAAGAAAAAAAAUUGUGCUUCCAAACUUGGAUUGUGGGUCCAUUAUUAGAGUAAGGAUCAAAUUUCACUAUUUGAUUAGAGCAGCCCAUGUGUUGGCAGUGGGUGGCAUUGGCUAGCUGCCUUAUUACUUCAAAUUAGGAACAGCUAGCACAGAUAGCCCUUAAGUAGGUUUAUGUAAACUUUCACAGAUGACAACUAUUUAAAAUGUUAUGUCAAUCAGAUGUUACUACUUUCAUUCAAAUGUUCUAUUAACCAGUAAAAUUUGCAUUAUUGUAGUUGCCAUUAACUAUCAUCUAGUCGCUUGAAAUAAAUUUUUUGAAAGUUUCAGUUAAAAGAAAAAUAACUUAUCAUUUUUUCACUAGAAUCAAAAAAUGAUCAGAAAUGAAGUAGUUAUAAUUUCUUUGGAUCAUAGACUAAUUGACUAUUACUUUACUACGUACUUGAAUAAUUUGAGGUAAUUGUUUUGUCAGAGGAUGGUUUUGUAACUGUGGAAUGUAUAAAUGGUGGAAAACUUACAUAAGCAAAGGAGAUCAAGUACUUUUAAGUGAAAUAUGACAAUAACUUGGUACAUGGCUUUAAUCGCUUUCAAAACAGAAGUAUAGUCUUCAAUGCAAAAUUCAUAUAUAUAAAACAUAUACACAGUGUGGUGACAAGUAAAUAGAUACCACCUUUUCAGAAAAAAUGAAA